GGGCGGGGCGGGUGCGCGCCAUUCCCCGGGCGUGUGCGCGGCUCCAUCGAGAGAUGACACUCCUAGGACUAUAAAGUGUUUCAGGUGCAAUGGCAGAUCCCAUCCGCUGGGCCCGAUACCGCUGGCAGCGACUGAUAUCAACAGAGGGCAGAGAAUGCAGCAGCAACAAUUCGAGUAGAAAGUGCUAUCAAUCAUCAAAGACUACUGGCAAACAUAGGAUAGUGAUACCCUGUUUGGGACAUUUUAAAGAAGAAUAUGAAAAAGUAUCAAAACUGUACAUGAAUAACAAAAUACGGACUACUAGGUAUACUUUAUUGAAUUUCUUACCACUGAAUUUAUUUGAACAAUUUCACAGAGUUGCCAAUUUAUAUUUCCUAUUUCUGGUUGUCCUAAAUUGGGUUCCUCUUGUUGAAGCUUUUCAAAAAGAAAUUACAAUGCUACCUCUGAUAGGGGUUCUGACAAUUAUUGCAGUGAAAGAUGGUCUGGAAGAUUACUCAAGGUACAAAAUGGAUAAACAGAUAAACAACUUAGUAACCAAAGUAUAUAGCAGGAAAGAGAAGAAAUACAUAGAUCAGUGCUGGAAAAAUGUCAGUGUUGGGGACUUCGUCCGGCUUUCACGUAAUGAAAUCAUUCCUGCUGACAUGGUGCUGUUAUAUUCUAGUGACCCUGAUGGGAUCUGUUACAUUGAAACUGCAGGCCUUGAUGGAGAAACCAAUCUAAAGCAGAGACAGGUGGUGAGAGGAUAUUCAGAGCAGGUCUCUGAAAUUGAUCCAGAAGAAUUUUCCGGUAGAAUAGAGUGUGAAAGUCCUAACAAUGACCUUAGUCGUUUCCGAGGCUUUGUUGAGCAUUCAAACAUGGAUCGGGUGGGCCUCAGCAAGGAAAACUUACUACUCCGAGGAUGCACAGUAAGAAACACAGAAGCUGUGGUAGGCAUAGUGGUAUAUGCAGGUCAUGAAACCAAAGCUAUGCUGAAUAACAGCGGCCCUCAUUACAAGCGUAGUAAAUUGGAAAGAAAAGUGAACACUGAUAUUCUUUGGUGUGUUCUUCUUCUAUUUUUGAUGUGUUUAACUGGUGCAAUAGGUCAUGGAAUUUGGUUAAGUAGGUAUUCGGAAAUACCUUUUUUUAACAUCCCCAGGCCAGAUGGGAAAUCGAGUCCUCCAGCAUUAGCAGGCUUCUAUAUGUUCUGGACAAUGAUAAUUUUAUUACAGGUCUUGAUCCCUGUUUCUCUAUACGUUUCAAUUGAAAUUGUCAAAUUGGGACAAAUUUAUUUAAUACAGAAUGACAUUGAUUUUUACCAUGAGAAGACAGACUCAACUAUUCAGUGUCGUGCACUAAAUAUUGCUGAAGACCUUGGCCAGAUUCAGUAUAUUUUCUCUGACAAGACUGGAACCCUCACUGAAAAUAAGAUGGUUUUUCGGAGAUGCAGCAUUGCAGGACAGGAGUAUUGCCAUGAGGAAAAUGCAAAGAGGUUGGAAUCCUAUCAAGAGAUUGAUUCAGAGGAUGAGGAUUCAGCUGAUUGUCAGUGUGGCUCUUCAACCCCAUCAAAAUGUCGGGGGCACAACUGCAGAGCUGUGUGUGAACCUUUGAACAGAAAGUCUUUGAGCCAAUUAUCUGGUAAUUACUCUGCAUUCAAAAGGCAAGAUGAAGCAGGUGAUAUUCCCAACUCAGGACACAUGGCUUUCAGCAGUCCCAUUGAAACAGAUGUUGUACCAGACACACAGCUGCUGGAGAAGUUCAGUCAAAUUUCUUUUCAUUCCUAUCAACAAUCAGAAGAAGCUAGCAGCAAGUUAUCUUUGGAGACAAUGUAUAUCACUGAUUUUUUUCUUGCUCUGGCAAUCUGUAACACUGUUGUAGUCUCAGGCCCCAGUCAGACACGUCAGAAGAUGAGACUCUCUUCACUGAGUAGGAUGCCUAUUAAAUCACUUGAGGAAAUCAGGCAAAUGUUCCAGAGGUUUUCAGUCUGGAGACCAAGUUCUUCUCCACUUCCAAGUGUAAAGGAGUCAUCAUCUGAAAGCCCCAAUAGUUUUGUGAGAAAACUGUCUAUUUUUAGAAUGAAACUGGCUUCACCUACUUUGGAUGGAGAUGCUCCCAAGAUUUCUGAACCUCACAAUACUGUCAGCCCAGAAAAUUCUCAAGUGCCUGGAGAACUACAUCUAGUGAAUGUAGCUGCUGGUGGUGAACCCAACCAUGCUGUGUCAUCUACUGAAUUAUCUCCCGUACCAAAACUAUGUUACGAAGCUGAGAGUCCAGAUGAAGCUGCCUUGGUUCAUGCUGCUAGGGCUUAUAAAUGUGUUUUACAGUCUAGGACUCCAGAUCAAGUGACUGUGGACUUUGCAGGUCUGGGGUCUUUAACGUUUCAGCUUUUGCAUAUCCUGCCUUUUGAUUCACUGCGGAAAAGGAUGUCAGUGGUGGUUCGGCAUCCAGUCUCCAACAAAGUGGUGGUGUACUCAAAAGGUGCAGACUCAGUCAUGAUGGACUUGCUGAGAACUGCAUCUGAAGUACAUACUGAUAAUUCUGAAAUUGAAGAGAAGAUUAAAGAGAGAACUCAGCAGCAUUUGGAUGAUUAUGCCAGAAGAGGACUGCGCACUCUGUGUAUUGCUAAGAAGGUGAUGAGUGAUGCAGAAUAUGCAGAGUGGUUAAAUCAUCGUUUUUUAGCAGAAACCAGCAUUGACAAUAGGGAGGACCUGCUGCUUGAAUCUGCCAUGAGGCUUGAGACCAAACUAACUUUGCUUGGUGCCACUGGCAUUGAAGAUCGCCUGCAGGAGGGUGUUCCAGACACAAUACAGGCAUUACGGAAAGCUGGAAUAAAAAUAUGGAUGUUGACAGGUGACAAGAGAGAGACAGCUGUCAACAUUGCCUAUGCUUGUAAACUGCUGGAACCAGAGGACAGAAUCUUCACUCUCAAAUCACAGACUAGGGAUGCCUGUGCCUUGGUAAUGAGCAAAAUUUUAGAAGACAUCCAGAAGAAUGCUUCUGUCAAAAAAAACCACAGUGAGAAACUUGGAAAUGUCUCUGCAAGUCCCUCCACCCAAGCUCAAGGGUUCAAUUCAGGCCUGGUUAUUGAUGGAAGGACUUUAGAACAUGUCCUUCAUGACAGCCUACAGAAUAUUUUCUUGGAACUCACAGAAAAAUGUCAGGCUGUAGUCUGUUGCCAAGCCACACCACUGCAGAAGAGUGUCCUGGUCAAACUGGUGCGAAGUAAGCUAAAGGCAAUGACAUUAGCUGUAGGUGAUGGUGCCAAUGAUGUCAGUAUGAUCCAGGUGGCUGACACUGGUGUGGGAAUAUCUGGCCAGGAAGGCAUGCAGGCUGUGAUGGCAAGUGACUUUGCAAUCUCUCAGUUUAGACACCUCAGGAAGCUGCUGCUUGUCCAUGGUCACUGGUGUUAUACCAGACUUACCAACAUGGUGCUUUACUUCUUCUACAAGAAUGUGACCUACGUGAAUCUCCUGUUUUGGUACCAGUUUUUCUGCGGGUUUUCAGGCACAUCAAUGACUGACUACUGGAUCCUGAUUCUUUUCAAUCUCCUUUUUACAUCGGUGCCACCCAUCGUUUAUGGUGUCUUGGACAAAGAUAUAUCUGCAGAGAUACUCAUGGAACUCCCACAGCUUUACACAAUGAGCCAGAAAUCUGUGGUCUCAACUGACAAAGAACCAGAGCAGAAUAAUUUCAAAUAAUCCUCAAAGAACUUCUGUCA